AAAAUCUGUACCACAAAUUAACCGUGUCAUUAUGUUGGAAAAAUGCGUAUGUCUUUUAAGUUUUUAUAUAUUGCAUGUGGCAUGUAAUCACCAAUUUGAAGAUUACAGGAAUCACCCGUGCAUCAGGAAAUGUGACAGCCAUAUUUCGAUGACGUGUGAGUACAACUUCACCGUGGAGUACUAUCACACAUUAUCCAAAGCAUGCUUCAACUGUCCAUACAACGUCACGGAUUGUUCACGUCCACACUGCGUGGCGGCGGACGGGACAAAAAGGGGAAUAAUCACAGUCAAUAGAAUGGUGCCUGGCCCCGGGAUCCAUGUAUGUGAAGGAGACACAAUAGUAGUUAAUGUAUACAACAAACUGGAAGGUUCUGAUGGACUCUCUAUUCACUGGCAUGGACUCCAUCAGCUUCAUACACCACACAUGGAUGGAGUGUCCAUGGUUACUCAGUGCGCCAUCCCAGCACACUCGUCAUUUCAAUACAAAUUUAAGCCUGACCACCCAGGAACCUACUUUUGGCACUCCCAUUCCGGGGUUCAGAGAAUGGAUGGCGUCUUUGGAGCCCUUGUUAUACGUCAGUCGGAUGACAACGAGCCUCAUCUUGGACUUUAUGAUUACGAUUUACUGGAACACACUAUAGUCAUUAAUGAUUGGUUGGUGGAAUUAGCAAUAAAUCGACUUGCCAAAUAUAAUCAUGCAGGGGGCGACAGUACUCCCGCUUCUAUGCUCAUUAAUGAAAAAGGAACAUUCCACGAAUUUACAAAUGUAGAUAAUACCAUGAUCAAAACACCUCAGGAGAUGCUGUCUGUUGAGCAAGGCAAACGCUACAGAAUCCGUCUGAUUAGCAGCGGUUUACUCGAAUGUCCCAUCCAGUUCUCCAUUGACAACCAUAGCCUCGUUAUCAUAGCUACUGAUGGUUUUCCGGUAAAACCAAUCACAGUGGAAUCCCUAACAGUGUUUGCAGGUGAACGAUACGAUAUUGUUCUACAUGCAACCCAGUCCGUUGACAACUACUGGAUUCGCAGUCACGGUGAAUCACUCUGUGUUUUUAAGAAGGUCCACCAAGAGACCAUUCUUCAUUAUCAAGGAGCUGAAGGAAACCUGCCAGAUUUACCUACAGGAUAUGACAUAGAGCCUCGUUCUGGAAAGCAACUUAAUCCAUGGGACAAAGCAGAAUCUGAAGAUCUGAUUCCUGUAACCAAACUGAUAUCCCUUCAUGAAAAUGACGAGGCUCUAUCGGAAACUCCGGAUAAAAAUGUGUACCUGUCCAUGGAUUUCAACAAGAUUAACAACUACUAUUUCAACGAUCCGUUUUUCUACCCCACCUCUGCAAUAGAGAGCGUGGACCACGCGUACCUGCCUCAGAUCAACUAUAUAUCUUCAAUGCUGCCCCCAGCACCACCCCUUACACAAUACAACGAUAUCCCCAAGGAACUGAUGUGUGAUUCUUUUGAUGAUGGUCGUGACUGUUCGUCCGAAUUUUGCAAAUGUGUCCACAUUAAAAAGGUGAACCUCGGCGAUGUAGUUGAGUUUAUCAUAGUGAACGAAGGCAAAACCUUUGCAGCCAAUCAUCCCAUGCAUCUCCAUGGCUACAGUUACAGAGUGGUCGGGAUGGGCAAGCUUAACCGAUCCACUACACUCCAAGAGGUGAAAAGGUUUAACGAAGCAGGAAACAUUACCAGAAAUCUAAACAUGUCGGUUCAAAAGGACACAGUGACUGUUGCAAAUGGCGGAUACACCAUUCUCCGUAUACAUGCCACUAAUCCAGGUUUCUGGUUCUUUCAUUGCCAUGUUGAUUUCCACGCCGAGAUUGGAAUGGGUAUUAUUCUACAAGUCGGAGAGAUAAAUCAGAUUCCCAAACCACCGUAUAAUUUUCCUAAAUGUGGUAACUGGAGGUAUACGACUCCUAUAGAGGAAGAGACGGGAUGUCCUGUCAAUAGUGCUGCGAGUCAACAACAUGUGUUAAUGACUGUAUUCUUUGUAAUUUAUGUAACCCUGUUACUGAAAAACUUAUAAAAAACCAACACAGAACUGUGCAACUGUAGCCAACUGUGCAAUUAUAUCUAUUUUUUAAACUAAUCAGUUUUUGUCUCUUCUAUUCCAUAUACAUGUACAGUGAAACCUGUCUAAUCC